CCGAGGUUCUUGUGGCUGGACCAUCACCGCGCUGUGUCCGCUGUCUGUUACACACGCAUGUCGGUUUAUAUUUCGGUGAAUUUAGGAAAAAUACGGAGGAAAAAAAGCACGCUGUAAAUUUUGCAUGUCAGGAGCGGAGAACUGUGUCGCCGGUCAACGGCUCUUUUCCGUUUUGGAUUGCUUUUUCCCUAUGACAUACUAAUUGAUCGCAGGCAUGUGGAAUUGUACAAGGAUUACGAAUUGCCUCUCAAUACUGUGCCUGCUGUUGACGAUAUGGACGGAGGUGUCCAAGUGCUCUGGCUAUUUUGAGCUGCAGCUGAUUACGGUUCAGAAUGUAAACGGUGAGUUGUCGGACGGGGAAUGCUGCGACGGCACAAGGAACCCACAGGAUCUGCGCUGUAGUCGGGACGAGUGUGAUACCUACUUAAAAAUUUGCUUAAAGGAGUACCAAACCGAGGUCACAACCACUGGCUCUUGCACCUACGGAGUUGGAUCUACAGACGUUCUUGGUGGAAAUAUUUUUUCUUUUAAGAAUUCGAAGAAUAACCAAAACAAAAUCAACGACGCUGGCAAGGUUCUCAUCUCUUUUCAGUACGCAUGGCCGCGGGCGUACACCCUCAUCGUAGAGGCCUGGGACUGGGACAACUCCACCCGCAACAAUGACGAGGAGCUGCUGAUCGAGCGGAGCAUCCACACAAGCAUGAUCAACCCUGGUGACCACUGGCAGACCAUCCAGCACGAUGGGCCCGUGGCGCGCCUCGAGUACCGCAUCCGUCUGAAGUGCAAUGAGAACUACUAUGGCAGCAAGUGCAACAAGCAGUGCCGGCCACGCGACGACUACUUCGGUCACUACCGCUGCGAGCAGUCGGGCAACCGCGUGUGCCUGGAGGGCUGGAUGGGCGAAGACUGCCGAACGGCGAUCUGCAAGCAAGGCUGCAACCUGUUACAUGGAGGCUGCUCAGUCCCGGGGGAAUGCAAGUGCAACUAUGGCUGGCAGGGCCAGUUCUGUGACGAGUGUGUCCCCUACCCAGGCUGUGUUCAUGGGACCUGUGUCAACCCCUGGCAAUGUAGCUGUGAGCGCAACUGGGGAGGCCUGCUCUGUGACAAAGAUCUGAACUACUGUGGCAGAUACCAGCCGUGCGUGAACGGCGGCACAUGCAUGAACACGGAGCCGGAUGAGUAUCGCUGUGCCUGUCCCGACGGCUACUCUGGCAAGACCUGCGAGAUAGCUGAGCACGCCUGUGUGUCCAACCCGUGUGCCAACAGCGGCACGUGCCAUGAGGUCCCGUCUGGCUUCGAGUGCCACUGCCCGCCGGGAUGGGAGGGGCCCACCUGCGCCAACGACAUGGACGAAUGUGCUUCCAGUCCAUGUGCCCAAGGUGGGACAUGCAUCGAUCUGGAGAACGGCUUUGAGUGUGUGUGCCCCCCACAGUGGGGUGGGAAGACCUGCCAGAUUGAUGCGAAUGAGUGUGUGGGGAAACCGUGUGUAAACGCUUACUCUUGCAAAAACCUAAUUGGCGGAUAUCACUGCGACUGCUUUCAAGGAUGGUCCGGACAAAACUGUGACAUCAAUGUCAAGGGCUGCCACGGCCAAUGUCAGAAUGGAGCAACGUGUAAGGAAGGUCCCAGGGGGUAUUUCUGUCAGUGCCCGUCAGGCUUUGUGGGCACGCACUGCGAGAUCCAGCGGAACAGGUGUGCCAGUGGGCCCUGCCAGAACGGCGGGCGCUGCCACAGCAUUUUGGAUGGCUUUGUGUGCGAGUGCCCGACCAAGUUCUCCGGGGAACUGUGUGAGGUCCCAGGUUGGUCUCCUUCAGACCCGUGUGAGCCCAUCCCCUGUGAGAACGAGGCACCGUGCCAUGCCCUGACGGGCGAUUUUUACUGCGCCUGUCCCGAUGGCUACGAGGGCAAGACCUGUGCCCACCUCAAGGACCACUGCAGGACCACCCCCUGCCAAGUAAUUGACAGCUGCACCAUUGUCAUGGCGACCAACGACUCUGCGGCCGAGGGCGGCGUUCGUCACAUCUCAUCCAACGUGUGUGGCCCCCGGGGACGCUGCAUCAGCCAGCCCCACGGCAACUUCACCUGCUCCUGUGACUCCGGCUUCAGCGGCACCUACUGCCACGAAAACGUGAACGACUGUGUGAGUAGUCCGUGUCGGAACGGAGGCACCUGCAUCGACGGGGUCAACUCCUUCCAGUGCUUCUGUCCCGACGGCUGGGAGGGCCGGCUGUGUGACCUCAAUGUGAACGAGUGCAACCGUAACCCGUGUAAGAAUGGUGGCCUCUGUGUGGAUCUGGUCAACGACUUCUACUGCGAGUGUACCGACAACUGGAAGGGCAAGACCUGCCACUCCCGUGAGAGCCAGUGUGAUGCCAACACCUGCAGUAACGGGGGCACCUGCUAUGACCACGGGGACGCUUUCCGCUGUGCAUGCCCCCCUGGGAGGGGCGGCAGUACCUGUAACACAGCCAAGAACAGCAUGUGUGCGUCCAGCCCCUGCUCCAACGGAGGCACCUGUGUCGGAGGCGGCGACGCCUUCACCUGCAUCUGCAAAGAGGGCUGGGAGGGCCCCACCUGCGCCCAAAACACCAACGACUGUAACCCUCACCCCUGCUACAACGGUGGUAUCUGUGUGGACGGUGUCAACUGGUUUCGAUGCGAGUGUGCCCCCGGCUUCGCCGGACCGGACUGUCGUAUCAAUAUAGAUGAGUGCCAGUCGGCUCCCUGCGCGUACGGCGCCACCUGUCUGGAUGAGAUCAACGGCUUCCGUUGCGUCUGCCCGCUCGGACGAACGGGCCCACAAUGCCAAGAGUUUAUAGGUAUCAGGAAGACCUGCCACUAUGCCGGCCUGCAGUUCCCUCAUGGCAGUCGCUGGGAAGAGGAGUGCAACAACUGCCAAUGUGUCGAUGGCAAAGUGGAGUGUACCAAGGUGCUUUGCGGGCGGAGGACGUGCCUUCUCCCAGGGUCGGCGAAGUCGACGGGCGAGGAAUGUGCCCAGGCGUGCCCAGGCGGACGAGAGUGCCAGGAGCACAGCUACCUCGCCUGCUUCUCGCCCCCCUGCCACCGGUGGGGGGUGUGCUCGUCCUCCUCCUCGGGUGGUGGUGAGCCCGCGCCCCACGACCACACAGAGUGUCAUCCCAACAGUGGGCACCUGGACAACAGCUGUGCCCGCAUCACGCUCAUCUUCAACCGAGCCAAAGUGCCAGUGGGCACGACGGUGGAGAACAUCUGUUCAGAGCUGAGGUACCUGCCUGCCACCCGAUCCCUGGCCAAAGACCACGCCCUCCUUGUGCUGUGUGACCUCUCCUACACCAAUCAGGAUGCAGUGGAAGUGGCCAUAUCGUUCCAGCCGGAUGAACAGCUGGACCACAGUCUGAUCCAAGAGGUAGCCAGCACCAUCGUGGGCACACUGUCUAAGCGUCACAACAGCACAGUCAUGCUGGCAGUCAUUGAGGUCAAAGUGGAAACGCAGGUCAUGCCCCCCACAGUGGACUACCUUGUGCCCAUUCUGUGCGUGGUCUUCUGCGUGCUCUGGCUGUUCUGCAUCAUUGUGUGCGUGUGGUGGACGCGCAAGCGGAGAAAAGAGCGUGAGAGGAGGGCAUGCGGCCCCGUCGAAGAGAGCGUCAACAACCAGUGGGAGCCCCUGCGGCCUGUUGGAGGACGUCAACAACAACAACAGCAGCAGCUCAAAGACAACAACAAGGAGGCCCAGCAGGAGCGCAAGAAGCUCAUGGGCUCCCCCUAUAGGAUGCGUGAUGGAGGGGAGGACGAGGAGGAGACGGAGGGAGAGAUGGAGUUCGAGGAGGAAGAUGUAGAAGUGGAAGCGGGCAAGGGGCCCAUCUGUAAGUACUCUAAAACCGGGGUGCAGUCCAAAGGGGACGUGAUCUGCACUUCACGGAGUUUGCCCUUAAAAGCACCCAACCGGACCACCACCAAAGACAACCGCUGGAAAAAUGUCAACGCCACCCUGGCUGGCCAAGACGUCAAAGACCAUUUUGUAUGAACGAACGGAACUCUGAAACGGACUCACGCCACAGCACCGACCGAGGAAAGAGGGGGAGGAUCCUAUAUAUUGUACUAUUAAAAGAGAAAAAGAGGCUUUUGAGUUCAAAGAACCAUUCUUGUUUUAUUUUUUUUUAUUUUGCUGUCAUCUGUAAGAUUUGUUUUGGGGGGGCCGAGUGCUAACGCAAAGAGGGCGUUUCUUUUUUAUGUACAGAUGAAGCAUAAUUGUAUUACUUUCAAAAGAGGAAAAGUGAGGCCUCGCCUUUGUUUGAAUUGUACUGUUAAAAUUAGCGAAGAUAAAGUCCAAAUGGAGGGGGAAAAAUAACCUGUAUAAAGACGUUUUUUUGUUGAUAGAUUGUGAUUUUGUUUAAUUGUGAGUGGGCCCUUUUGGUUGCGACAGACACGUGGGGGAGGGGGGGGGGGCUUUUCGGGGGACUCUGUUGACCGCUGCAACAGAGGUUACUGCAGCAACCCACCCAUCUCUCUUUCUCAGCCCGGCACGCCCGCCUUGCCAGUCUGCAGCCGUCCCGUGCCAGCCUUACCAAGAGCACAGCCUCGAGGGGGAAAGAAACCCCAGUGCCUACUAUGUGGCCUUCAAUUAUUUUUUCUCUCCUGUCUCUCGGUUUUCUAGGCUGAAAGCUCUGUUUAAAGGAUUGCAGUAUUUGAGUUGGUAGCAAGUGCCUUUCUAUGAGCCCUGUAGUAAACCAUGCUACACCCGAGGUUCCUGAGUCUCGCUGCCCAGUUUGACCCCUGUGAUUACCACUCAAAGGGAUAGGUGUGUAUCCGGAGAGUCCGCCCUCAUAGCAACACCAUUUCAAAGGUAUUCAAAAAAUAAAUAAAAAAUAACAUCUGUACAUAGGUGUAUAUAAAAAGAGUCGCUGUGUAUAUUUGAAGUUAGUAACUUAAAGACGACGUCACACUUUUUUUUAUUGUUAUUAUUAUUAUUUUUAUUAUUUUUUACAAUGCCAUUCCUUUUAUUUAUGCCAGUUGAAAUAGGCAGGUUUUAUAACGGUUCAAAGGAGAAUAUACAGCGUCCCACAGUCAAGAGCAUUUGCAUUAAGGUGCCCCUUAUAAAGGACUUAUGAAGGGUUGCAAGUAGUUCAUAAACUCUUGAUAUUUCUGUUAAAUAUAUGUUAUUGAUCCUCGAUCCACAUUUACAGAGUAACGGUUAUAAUGUAUUGAUAGGUGACUGUUGUUUUAGUGCUUGCCAGAUAGUGAGCCUAUAGACAUACGGCUAUUAUCACUGUUCUUUAUAAAUUGGCUUGAUGUCUUCUGAAUGACUACAUGCUUUACGAACAGAUAUUUGCAUUUUUGGUGUCAAACCCUCAUGCAGUUCCCUUUCUGAGCAUGUUUUGCCUGGUGGGAGCAGAAACACUGUCUGGAUGAUGUUUACUGAAUUUGGUAACAAAAAUGGGUGAAAUCAUAAUAUUCCCAGCUCUGCUCCUGAUUAUUACGGGUGCCACCAAAUCAUCCUGGGAAAUGUAACUGUAAUGACCAGGGUCCUAAAUAAUGUCUGAUGUGGAACCAGGGUCUGUGUGAAGGAUUGAUAAUAGCCCUCUAUUUGGCGAGCACUACCACAAUGAUUUAUGAACGUUAUUUAGGUAUCUAUUCAAUACUGACAGUUUGUAAACUAGUGUAAAAACUCCCAAAAUUGUAAAGCCUUUAUAGAGGGUUCCUUAAUGUAAAGUUAUAUUUAUCUAAUCAACGGUCAUCUUUUUGUUGUUGGUUUGUUGUCUAUUAAGGAAAGUAUCUCUUAAAAAUCGCGUGGUGUAUCGUGGCGUGUUUUGUUCGCCUCAGUAAAGCUCUCUCCCCUGUUUCACUCUGCUGUCAAUGGAGUUUUCUGGAAAAAUAGUGAUGGACGUUCCUAACCUGUGGAAGACUUGUAACAUUUUAUCUGGAGGUUAGUUUGUCAAAUAUACUGUAUUGUUCGCAUCUGCUUUUAGCCUGCUCUGGUUCAAGGCUUUAAUGAAGGGAACAUAUUUUGUUAUAAUGCAGUUGUGUUUUGAGGUACCAACUCAAUCCAAAAAGAUUUACCUCAGAAAUUGGCGAAUUACAGAUUUGUUUUUCUGUUCUCUUUUGCCGUUCAUAUUCAUGUUAACAUCUCGAACAGCCAUCAUGUUUCCUCUAUGGCACGCAGCAAAAUAAAGAAUUUAAAACUCGUAAUAGCUGGUAAAGUAAAUGUCGGGUAUGCUUAAUAUUGGAGAGGAUGAUGGCAAAUGGAGGGGGGAGGGAAGGUUUCUGUGACUGUCAUUUGUUUUGUACAAAAGAAAAGUGUUGCUGUUGCAAAAGUUAUUUGGAUAAUUUAGUGUCAUUUUUUAAAAUUUGUUAUUGGUUAAUAAAUAAUUUGGAUUUAUUUUCUGUCCCGAGACCCCAGCAAAAAUCAACAUUUAAUGUAUCUGAAUUUCAUUUAUCUGCAUGUCCAGCCCUUAUAUUUAGCCUCCGAAUGAAGUGUUUUACCCAGAAAUCUGUAGGUCAAACACACAAUGUUUAAAAGGGAUUAAAGUCCAAAUUGCGCCA